CUUAACAUUUCAGUUUUCUUCUCGUUUCUCUUUCUAUUUUUCACACCCUUAACAAAAUACUCCUAUAAAAUUUGAGGGAUAAACAUAAACCCUCUAUAUCUACUAGCCUCUAUCAUUUUUCACUGAUUUAACUUCCUUGUUAAUUAAUAUAGCUUUUCUAUCUCUCCCUAUUGCUCUCCAUCUUUUCUCUAUUGUCCAAUCUAGAGAUAGAGAUACAGCUUAAGGAUCAUUUUCUUGCGACAUUGUAGUGUUACACCUUAGGAAUAAUUAAAAUCUUACAAGAAAAAUGUCUAACAGAAGAUCAAGACAAUCUUCAAAUGCUACGAGGAUCUCCGACGACCAGAUGAUCGACCUCGUUAGUAAGCUCCGUCAAUUUUUGCCGGAGAUUCGUGAACGGCGCCGUUCUGAUAAGGUGUCAGCAUCGAAGGUACUGCAAGAGACAUGCAACUACAUAAGAAAGCUGCAUAGAGAAGUUGACAAUCUCAGUGACCGUUUGUCGUUGCUCCUCGACUCCGUUGAUGAAGAUAGCCAAGAAGCUGCCGUCAUUAGAAACCUACUCAUGUAA